AUGUCGGUGGCGUAUCCGCGAAAGUCAAUAACAGAGAAAGUGUUUGAGAAGGUUGGGAGAUAUUCAUACCUGAGCUACCUCAAGAACAACAGCAGCAGUCACAGUCUGAGGUGUGACGAUGAAAGUGACGACGAUUACUACGAGGAUGGGACUAUGGAGCUGGUGCAGAUUGGAGCUGAGAGGACCAAGAACGUCUUGAUUCUCAUGAGUGACACAGGUGGUGGCCACCGAGCUUCUGCCGAGGCCAUACGCGAUGCCUUUCGUAUGGAGUUUGGCGAUGAAUACAGGAUAUUUGUGAAGGAUGUUUGGAAAGAGUACACCGGUUGGCCGCUAAAUGACAUGGAGAGGUCAUACAAAUUCAUGGUGAAACAUGUGCAACUGUGGAAGGUCGCAUUUCACAGCACCUCUCCUCGAUGGAUACACAGUGUCUAUCUUGCUGCUAUUGCAGCCUACUAUGCCAAGGAGGUGGAGGCUGGUCUCAUGGAGUACAAGCCAGAUAUUAUAAUCAGUGUACAUCCUUUGAUGCAACAUAUUCCUCUGUGGGUCCUCAAAUGGCAAGGCCUUCAGAAGAAAGUGAUUUUUGUGACAGUUAUCACAGAUCUCAACACCUGCCAUCCUACAUGGUUUCAUCCUGGGGUGAAUAGGUGCUACUGCCCAUCACAGGAGGUAGCUAAAAGGGCUUUAUUAGAUGGUCUUGAAGAGUCUCAAAUACGUGUUUUUGGCUUGCCAAUCCGGCCCACUUUUGCCCGUGCAGUUCUCUCCAAGGAUCAACUCAGGGAAGAACUUGAAAUGGACCCCGACUUGCCUGCAGUUUUGCUGAUGGGAGGUGGUGAAGGAAUGGGACCUGUAAAGGAAACUGGAAGGGCUCUGGGAGAAACACUCUUUGAUAAAGAACUUGGAAAACCAAUUGGGCAGUUGAUCAUCAUAUGUGGGCGUAAUAAAAACCUCGCCUCUACACUCCAGACGGAUGAAUGGAAGAUUCCAGUAAAGGUUAGAGGGUUUGAGACCCAAAUGGAAAAAUGGAUGGGAGCUUGUGAUUGCAUCAUAACAAAGGCUGGACCUGGCACAAUAGCAGAGGCAUUGAUCAGGGGGCUUCCUAUCAUCCUCAAUGACUACAUUCCAGGACAAGAAAAGGGCAAUGUGCCUUAUGUGGUAGACAAUGGGGCUGGUGUGUUCACCAGAAGUUCCAAGGAAACAGCCAGGAUUGUGGCUGAAUGGUUCAGCACCAAAACAGAUGAACUCAAAAUGAUGUCUGAGAAUGCACUUAAACUGGCACAACCCGAGGCUGUUUUCGACAUUGUUAAGGACAUCCAUGAUCUUGCCUGCCAACGCGAGGCUUGUAGCCCGCAAAUGGUUGUAAAAAUCAUUGUAGACAAGCUCUGGUGUUUCGAAGCGAGGUAUCACCUUAGAGGAUCCAACUCCUUCCACCCACCAGACCACCAUGGCUAUUCUCUGAACUUCCUCUCAUCUCUGAAAGCUACGACAUUUCCAAACCUUGGCUUGUAUUACGAAGGAUUGUUGGAUCAGAGACCCAGUUGGUUUGUUGGAAACAAGUAUUCGUUUGGAGCUUGCAGUUGUCGAGAUAGGUCGUCGUUUGACGUAGAAAGAUGUUUUGUGGACGAGGAAGGAAUUACUAAAGCUUGUGGGUGCCCUCUAUUGCCUUUGAAAAGCCAUAUAAAGGGUCCUGCUCCAGUUUCAGACCAAGAUAGGACUGAUAUUGUUGAUGAAGCAAUUACAUUCUUCCGCGCUAAUGUUUUCUUUAGAAACUUUGAUGUUAAGAGCUCGGCCGAUAAGCUGCUCAUUUAUCUGACAUUCUACAUUAAUGUGGCUUUGAAGAGACUUGGGGGUUGUAGAACUUUGGCUGAAGGAACCAAGGCCAUUAUUAAUUUGGGCCUGGAAAAAGUUCCUGUGCCUGGAGAGCCAAGUUUCCCUUUCCCAGGCCUGUUUCCUCUUCCUCAAUCCCCGCAGGAAGCAGAAUUGCUGAGGAAUUAUUUGAAGCAGAUAAGGGAGGAAGCAAGUGGGAGAUUAUUAAGUGUUGCCUAUAGACCUAACGGGACGCCUAAUAAGUGGUGGCUGGCAUUUGCCAAAAGGAAGUUUAUGAACAUCAUUCUUCCAUCAUGA